AUGGAACCCGAGCCAAAACGACUUCGAUUAGAAGAAAGAACUGGAUGGUUUGAUAUUCCAUACGAUUGUCGACGAAUUAUCAUCGAAAAAAUGGAUUUGUUCACAUUCUGCAGAUUCGCACAAUGUUCGGAGAAAUGCAACGAUGAAGUCAAAUUGUGCACAAACUUUGUGAAAUCUAUCAGUUUGCAUCAUUUUGGAGAAACUUUCUCCAUGCAAAUUGAAAUCAAGAAUCGUAAUUUGUAUGUUUGUAUUGGAAAAACAAAUUAUAGAGGACGCAUCAAAUUGGAUACUCCAAUUCCUUAUAUUUCGUUUACAAAUUCAAGUAAACGGAGUGGUUAUUAUGAAAAACCAGAUCAAAAAACGCGUUGGACAAAAAUGGAAGAAGAAGAAGAAAGUGUUGCAAUGAUUUUUGCAAAAUAUUUCAAUAUGAUUGUGAAAAACGCAUCGAAUUGCCGCAUUAAAUUGGAAUUUGGAAGUGUGAGUUGAUUUUUGAGAAGAUUUUUGGUAUUUAAAAAAGCAGAUUCACGAACGAAAAAUGUUUUUUACAUUGAAAGAUUCACGAAAAGUCAAAAAAUGUCGAAAAAACAUUAGUUUUUCAAGUUUUUCAGCCAAAAAUGAUGACAAAUCAAUAUUUUUCAAGCUUCUGGAGUAAUUUCUGAUAAAAAUAAGCUUCGAGAACCAUAUUUUGCCUUUAUUGCUAAAAAUAGGGUUCUCGAAGCUUAUUUUCAUCAGACAUUGCUUGAAAAAUAUUGAUUUGUCAUCAUUUUUGGCUGAAAAACCUUGAAAAACUAAUGUUUUUUCGACAUUUUUUGACUUUUCGUGAAUCUUUUCAAUGUAAAAAACAUUUUUCAGCCCUAACAAGGAAACCUUUUUUACUCAACACUUCAAAUCAUGAUGAAAUUUUGUCCAUAGGUAGCUUUUGGGGCCAUAAGAACACCCUAAAAAUUUUAGUUACCCAAUGGACCUCUGAGCCAAGUUCUGGGCUCUCAAAAGUUCGAAAAUUGCCAAAAUUGGCUCAUAAAACACGUCAUAACUCAAUUCUCGAUCAAUUUUAUGAAAAACUGAGUAGCAGAUGAUGAUCAGCGUGGUCGAUUUACCCAAAAACCAUCAAUAAAUCAAAUUUUCAGAAAAAUUUCUGAUUUUGAAAAAAAGAAUGAGCAGGGGCACAUAUGAAUUUUCAUGAAUUUUCAGCCCAAAAAUAAAAAACUUCAAAAUUUUUCGAAAAAAUAUUUUUUGUUGAUUUACUUUUAGGUAAUCGACCAUGCUGAACAAUAUCUGAAACUCUAAUUCUCCCAAAAAAAAUUUUGAAAUGGAGCUAUGAUGACUUUUAUGACCAUUUUUAGGCCUUUUUUGAGUUUUUGAGAGCCCAGAACUUGGCUCAGAGGUCCAUUGGGUAACUAAAAUUUUUAGGGUGUUCUUAUGGCCCCAAAAGCUGUCUAUGGACAAAAUUUCAUCAUGAUUUGAAGUGUUGAGUAAAAAAGGUUCCCUUGUAAAGCAAUAUUUCCAGAAUGAUUUUCCAUUCGAACUUCUCGAUAUCAAACAUCUCAACAAAAUCAAAUCAUUGGAUAUUCCCCCAAGGAAUUGCGAUUUUGGCGAAGGAUUUAUCACAAAACAGCAGUUAUUCAAUAUCACCGAUACAUUAAGAAUCCCUUCGAUUUCACUGAAUUUCAACGAAAUUCUUCAAUUGCAGGCGGAAAAUGUUAAUCUCCCUGAUUCAAGGUUCAACUGGGAACAAGUGAAAGAUUUUGUGAAAUUAUGGAAAAAUGGAGAUUUGCCCAAAAGAAUGUGCAGUUGGAAAAUGGGAUUUAUAUCGAAUAUUGGACCAAAUGAGGCCUUUGAUAAUCAAAAAAUGAUGGAAGAAUUGGAUGGAUUUGAUUUCAGUGAGCAUGCGAUGUUUUAUAGUUUUCUCGUGAAAACUUCAACCGAUCCUCGAGUGGUUUCUUUUAUUGAUUAUUCGUAUUCGUAUUUUAAUCUUUUCUCUUUCAAACGGAAAUUUUAUUUUGAUGAAGAGAUGAAAAGAUGGAUUAUUGAUGAGGAUUUGUGCUAA